AUUAAGAUUUCCACCUUAGAGCCUAAGUUAUCAAUAAUUUAGGAAGACAGAAGACAAACCAAUAUGAAAGGUCAAGAGACAAUUAAAGAACAGGAUUUGAAAGAGAUACUGAAAAUGAGCCAAGAAAAAAAUUGAAAUAUUUGAAAGUGAUUUGUCAGAAGAGAGAGAGAGGAGAAAGCAACUGUCAGAAGGUCAGAAAGUCAUGGAAGUUGAAAGUGAGGAAUUGCAAAAAUCACGGUCAGAACUUGUAUGCCUUUAUAAUGAAGUUCAAAGUCUUCCAGAGGCAGCAGAAAGCAAAGAACAGUUUUUAAUGGUAUAUGACCUGCUACAAAGAGAGAAUUCUGAAUUAGAAACAAAGGUCUUGGAGCUUUCACAAGAAUUUGAAAAAUUAAACCAUUUUACUGUAGGGGAAAAAACUGCAACUGCUAAUUUAAUUACAAGUGAAAAUAUCUGUAAAGAUCUUGUGUCUAAAGUACCAGUUUUGGAAGUAGAGGUUCAAAGUCCAAAGGAAAAGAGAGAGGAACUCUGUCCCAAAUUAGGAGAAAGUAAGCAGAAGGAAAUUCCAGAGGAGUCAGUAAAGGAGGGCACUUUUCCAAGAGAGGAGCAGAAGGAGGAGGACUCACAACAGAAUCGAGAUAUGAAAAAUGAAGAAGAGCAGUUGACCAUGACACCUGAGGAAGUUGUGAGGCUUAGAGAAGAGCUGAGCCAUAUAAACCAGAGCCUGCGUCAGUCUCAGAACUCUGAAGAUAGUUUAGAUGACAGUAGUGCCCAGUAUCCAUCAUCUGGAGAAAAACUAAAAUGCAAACAGCAAGAGGAAGCACAACUUUGCCAGAAUUUGCACCGGCUCCAGGUUCUAUGCAACUCAGCUGAAAAAGAGCUUCAGUACGAGCGAGGAAGGAGCUUGGACUUAAAGCAACAUAAUAGCUUACUUCAGGAAGAAAACCUUAAGAUCAAAAUUGAACUAAAGCAUGCUCAGCAGAAGUUAUUAGACAGUGAAAAGACAUGCUCUUCACUCACAGCAGAGUGGAAACACUGUCAGCAGAAAAUCAAGGAACUGGAGCUGGAAGUACUUAAACAGGCACAGAGCAUUAAAUCAUGGAACAACCUACAGGAAAAGCUGGCUCAGGAGAAAUCUAAAGUUGCUGAUGCAGAGGGAAAGGUUUUGGACCUGCAGCAGAAAUUAGAACAUGCUCAUAAAGUCUGUAUCACAGACACUUGUAUUUUAGGGAAGAAGCAACUAGAGGAAAAGAUAAAAGAAGCAAUGGAAAGUGAAGCUAAAGUAAAGCAGCAGUAUGAGGAAGAACAAAAAAAGAG